AUGAUGGACCAACAGAACUUCUCAACGGCAGCUUCUGAAUAUAACACAAUGUCCAGCGCUUGGGACCUGUUGGGACUGAAGGUAUCACUGUCCGUGGUCAUGGCCGUCAUCACCUUGGCCACCAUCCUCUCCAAUUUGUUUGUAAUCGUUGCCGUCUGCCUCACGAGGAAGCUCCACACACCCAACUAUCUCAUUGCUUCCCUGGCUGUCACAGACCUGCUGGUGGCUCUGCUGGUGAUGCCCAUCAGCAUUGCCUUCACUAUGCAGAGGACCUGGGUAUUGGGUCAGGUCAUGUGUAAUAUCUGGGUGUUGUUGGACGUGACACUUUGUACCGUGUCGAUCUUGCACUUGUGCAUCAUUGCCCUGGACAGAUACUGGGCUAUAACUCAUGCCUUGAAGUACACAAAGCACCGUACACCCUUCCGAGCAGGACUCAUGAUAGCCGCUGCAUGGGGUAUCGCGGUCUGUAUCUCCACCUCACCCCUGUUUUGGAUAUCGUCGCGAACACAAGAGAAGCAAGAUGAAUGUGUGUUCAAUGAAAAUGUUUUCUACUGCAUCUUCGCGACGUGUGUGUCCUUCUACAUCCCCAGCCUAGUGUUGGUCUUCCUGUACGCCAAGAUCUAUUUGGCUGCUCGGUCGAGGAUCCUCAGGGCACCUUCGACUAAAGAUAGCAACAUUCAACAUCCCGAGCCAACAUCAUCAUCCCAGUGUUCGGUCAACUACAACAGCCAAGACAUGCUCAAUUAUUACGUUGAGCAACCAGACAGACUUAUCCACAUCAAAAUGUCAAGCAACUUUCUGCAGAAGAAAAAUAUCUCUGCAGCCAAGGAGAGAAAGGCCACCAAAACCUUGGGACUAAUCCUAGGGGCUUUCAUUUUCUGCUGGCUGCCUUUCUUCACGACAACCCUGGUGAUUACCAUCUGCCAGGAGGCGUGUUGGUCUAACCCUGUCCUCAUAGAUUUCUUCACCUGGCUAGGCUUUGUGAAUUCACUCAUCAACCCAGUCAUCUACACGAUUUUCAACAAGAACUUCAAGCGAGCCUUCCGCAAGCUGGUGCUUUCCAGACUCUGCUGA